UCUUCUACUUUUUUUCCACGGGCGUCCGUCGUCCCUCGAUUUCUUUUUCAACGGGCGCAUAUAUCUUGAUUUUCUUAUUAGUCCGGAAUAGGCUCUGGACACGAGUGGAUCUUUCUCAUUGAGUAAUUCCACCUCGAAUCGAUCGACGCGACUUUUCUCUGACACCGAAACAACUCGUAAACCACUGAACGGUCGAAAUAAAAUUAACAGAAAUUUUUCGAUUGAUUGAAUUCUUUUAUUGAAAAGUGACGUGGGUGUUUGAAUCCUGAGGAUCUGUCUCUAUUUUAAUAAUGUUUGAUCGGAGGUGUGGUCUUCUCGAGGAAGGUACCGUGCGGAGAUCAAAAAAGUGGCUAAUGUGUCUGCUUGGUGGGUCUAUCAUCUACUUGAUUGUAAUAUAGAGUUCUAUAUUAUAGACUGUGGAUUUCAUGCAUUUGUGACUGUACAGUAACACGGUGAACGUACACAAAUUUUAUAAUUAAUAUAACGACAUUGUUAUUUCGUUUUGAAUAAGAUUGAUUCGAAUCGAUAGGCCCGAUCAGAUGAAACCUUUAUCGAUCAUUCUUUUCGAACGCGUACUUUUGGUAAUCGAGGAAUGCUGCGAGAGAAAUGUACAUGGAACGUCGCGUCGGUGGCACUCGUUUUGACGUCAAAAGUGGAUACAUAGACGGUUCUCUGGCUCUUUGGCACGAGACUCCAAACUGCGCGCUUUUAUGUUUCUCCUUUUUCUGCUCUGUUCACGCGGUGUAAAGUUACUUUAAGGUGCAUACGUUUCGUUUAAACGGUGUCAUAUAUCGUCGCCGCGACGGAAAUACUACCCUCGUUCUCCUAUCGUUGAUUUUUGUUCAAUGAACCUUUGUGUCGGGACCAUCGCGGAAAUUUCUACGAGCACGCAUCCGCGUACGAGCGUGUAACACCCUAUAUCAAUCAACCCCUCACCCUUGUUUCGUCUACUUUUGUCUCGUUCUAUUCUUCCCACCCUCUCCUAUCGUCUCGUGUCUUUUCUACCUCUCCCGAAACCACCCCUCGAUGUCCAUCCCAUUUCUCAACCUCCUCCACGAUUCUCAUUUUAUCUCCUUUCAUGUAUCGGUGCAAUUUAUAAGCCUGCCAAUAACACUUUGUACUUAAUACGAUAGAGCUUCGAUAGCUGUAUCGUUAUAAUUUUGUCGGCACAGAAAGAUCCAUUUUCAUCCAACGAAUUGUCUUCUUGUAAAUUAAAUCGAAAUUAUUUCAUUAUUCCUAUCAGUUAUCAUUUCACUUUCUUUUAUCAAAUAACUUCUGUAAAAACAUUAUCCGACAGCUUAAUCCCCUCGUGAGAUAUGUAACAAUUUCAAUUUAAAAGAAACAUCUGUACAGAAUUCAAAGCUGAUGAUAUCGUGCGGGAAUUACUGAAAAAACUCGUUCCUGUUCGUUUAUCUUUUCGAGAUCGUUAUCGAAUGUUUGCAAUUAACGUUUCAUUUACAAAGUUGCACAACGUUUUACCGAUUGACAAUACAACGUGACACUUUACCGACCGUCAGUGCAACGUAACCUUUUAUCGACCAGUGGACACCCUCGAGUAUUCCCAUCAUUACAUGAAUUAUGAAAUAUCGUAUAAAUAUUAAUAACGUUAAAAACGUUAUGUCGUACAACGGCAAUAUUAAAAAAAUAAAAAAAAUAUUAUUGAAUUCAAUCAUACGUCCAACGAUUACAGGUCAGGGAAGUGAUAAGAAUGCGGCUACGUUUCUUCUUCGUCUUUUUUAUUCAAGUACAAACGAGUUGUAACAGUAUUAACGCUUCUUCUGUCGUUAUACAUAAUUAUCACGUCGCCCAGACAAGUUUCGCGGACUUGCGCGGUUCAACAACCUGGCAUCGCGACGUCGAACAACACGCGCCCUGUAACGCGCGCUUUCGGCGUCGUGUCCUUCUCUGAUUCGACGCAGCGAAAGCGACACGAGUCGCGUCUACUUCACCUGGCCUUUGUAUCGUCCAUUUGUGCCGUAGCGAGUAGAGGUUAGUUACGAGCGACGAUCGAAACGAGUGUGUGGGUUAUUACGGCUCUGAUUAGUGACAAGAUAACGCUUCCCCGCUCGUAGCUGCAUUUAUAAACAAUACAACCACCGUAUUCGUCGUACGUAAUUCACUUACGUACAGGAACAUUGCAGCAAACGAGCAUCGUUUACUUUCUUUGACAUUUCAAACCAGAUUCUUUUUCCAAGAAAGGAAUAAUUCCGUAGUUUUCUGUCGAUUGUAUCAUGCUUCCAUCGAUCGCAAUUAUUUUUCUUGUUAUCGGAAUCGCCGUUGCCGAGGACUGCAAAGGAUGCGUCUCCCUGGACUCGUAUUCCUUCGACAAGGUAAUUCCUAAAUUCAAAGCCGCGGUAGUGAAGUUUGACGUGGCAUAUCCAUACGGAGACAAGCACGAGCAAUACUCGCAAAUAGCCGCAACCACGAAGGAUGCGUACGAUUUCCUCGUAGCGGAAGUCAAAGUGAAAGACUAUGGCAACAAAGACAAUUCCGAUCUUGCUGAACGUUAUAAGAUAAAAACAGAGUCGUUUCCCGCGGUUCUUCUGUUCUUGCAAGGCAAAACGGAACCAAUUCCGUUCGUUGCCGAUAAGCCAACCGAUUUCACGGCGGAUAAUAUUAAGCGAUUCAUUAAAACGAAAUCGAGCGUGUACCUUGGUCUACCCGGUUGCGUGGAACAAUUGGACAGACUCGCGGAGGAAUUCAAGUCCAGCGGAGAGAAAGAGAGGAAGGAAAUAUUAAACAAAGCUAAAGUCUUCGAGGAAACGUUGCCUGACGCGCAACGCGCCGCAGCCAAAGUUUAUGUUAAGACUAUGGAAAGAAUAUUAGAAAAGGGGGAUGUAUUCGUUCAAACAGAACAAACGAGAAUAGAGGGUAUCUUGAAAGGAAAACUAUCCAAUGAAAAGAAACGAACAAUGGAGGAGAAACGCAAUAUCCUCCAUUCAUUCCUGUACAAAGAUGAAUUAUGAAGAUAGUACAAAUUGUCUCAUAUGUGCUUCUUGGAAAGAUAUCAUAUCGCGUUAACAUCAAACAUCUACCGAUUAUUUUAAAUGUGAUAUUUUACACUUAUUUCUCGCAACUUAAAACUGCGAUACAUGAAACGAAAAUUUCGUUUACAUUUACUCGAAACAUUCCAAUACUCCAGACUGUAAUUUAUAUAAUUGUGAGAAAGGAUUUUAAAAAAUCGGUUAGAAAAAAAUAAAAUAUAACAUAAAAGCAGUUUCAGAUCUCUGUAAACUAAAUGUAACCAUAAACAAUUACAUUUUGAUAUUAAUUAUUUCAAGCUUCGUACAGAAACAGGAACAUAUAUGUGAUAUAUGUAUUGCCUAUUUAUAUGAAAUUAUAUUUAAAGGAAAUCUAAUAAGAUCGUUCGUCGAAUAAAUUACUGUAUAUUCGAAAUUAGAUAGCCGUUCUGUUUAUUAACUUCUUAAUUUCAUCGAAUUUAAGAUUUCUGUUCGCUAUAUUUUUUUUAUAGUAUAAAUGCUAAAACAUCAUCCAUUAAAAAAUCACAGUUAACGUACAACGUUCGUAUAAAUAUUGUCUUAUUCAUAAAUCGAAAAUUUAUGUCACCUGUCUAUUAACGUUAUUGCUAACAAAUUUUCCUAUGUUAUGUUCGAUGCUCAAAUAUUUAAAUGUAUGCAUGCGUGUAUGUUUACAUCGGAAUGUAGAAUUAUAAGUAACAUCUGUUUUACCAGAAUAUAAUUUACUUUUUUCCCUCUA